AACCUCUGCGCAAUUUUUCGGAGUGUUUGUCUUUUCUAUGUUCCCUCCUUGCACGUGCCCCUCUUUUUUCGCUCUCUUUCACUUUUCACUCUUUCUUUCCCCAACUUCAAAAACCUCUCUAGUCACUAGUAGCUGCAGUAGCUCUCGUUCUCAUACUCACACCAUCCCACUCACCUUCCUUCAGAUCCCAUCUAACUCCAAACCCAAAACACUUCUCAUUAAUGACUCUACAAAGUACAAACCACACUUUCAAUCUUCUUCCAUUACCAUGUUUCCCUUAACCAUUCUUCUCGUCUUGUUCUUUGUACACUUCCCCACCUCAACAUUAACAUGUUCUUCCAAUAUUAACCCAAACUCAACAAAAACACACCCUUGUCCACCGUUCUCCUCCACCCCACCUUUCCCAUUCUCAACCUCACCAGGUUGUGGCCACCCUUCUUUUCAACUAAACUGCUCAUCUCCUCACUCUUUCAUUUCCAUCAACAACCUCUCUUUCUCCCUCCUAUCUUACAAAUCCAACACUUCCUCAAUCACCCUCUCCCCUCACAACCCUCAAAACAAUAACACUUGCCCAUCUCCAUCCUCAUCUUCAAUCCCUAAUAAACCCAUCAACCUCUCAAACUCCCCAUUCACUCUCUCAGAUGAACUAUGCUCACGCCUCUCUUUUCUCCAACCUUGCCCCCCUCCAACACUUCCCAAUUGCACUCACUGCCCAUGGCAAUGCAAAAUCAUCAAAAACCCAACAGAAAUCUUCACUGACUGCAGAUCUAUGCAUCACUCUGUUUCAGAUUCUGAACCCAGUUGCCAAAGCGAUGUUCUUAGUUACCUCAACGAGAUACUCACUCUCGGUAUCGAACUUCAAUGGGAUGAAGCAUUAACACAAGACUCUUACUUCACAAAUUGCACAGAAUGCAUCAACAAAAAAGGCUUCUGCGGUUACAAUUCCUCAGACCCGAGCAAACACUUCAUCUGUUUCCAUUCCAUAGAAACUCUUUCCCCGCCGUGGAUUCACAAAAUGAAGCUUAACAAAAUCGCUGUUUUCGCGGUUAUCAUCGCUUUCACUUCGUUGCUUCUUUUCAUCACAGUUACAAUUUCAAUUCUCCGAUCCAGAAGCUUAAACUCUCGAGCAAAACUUGAAGAAGAUCCAACCACCGUCUUCCUCCACAACCACCACUCCGCGAAUCUCUUCCCACCGGUUUUCACCUACGACGAACUAAACACCUCCACUAACAACUUCGAUCCAAAUCGAAAACUCGGCGACGGUGGAUUUGGUUCGGUUUACCUCGGCAAACUCCGAGACGGAAAACUCGCCGCCGUGAAACACCUCCACCGUCAAAAUCAAAAUCACACUUCCGCGUUCUCAUCAAAAUCAUUCUGCAACGAGAUUAUCAUCCUCUCUUCAAUCAACCAUCCAAAUCUCGUUAAACUUCACGGUUACUGUAACGAUCCACGAGGCUUGAUUCUCGUUUACGAUUACGUUCCAAACGGAACCCUAGCAGAGCACAUUCACGGUUCAAGGAGUAAACGAAACGGUUACAAGCUGACGUGGCAAACGAGACUUGAUAUUGCUAUACAAACGGCGUUAGCGAUGGAGUAUCUUCAUUUUGCAGUUAAGCCACCGAUAGUUCACAGAGAUAUAACAUCGUCAAAUAUCUUCGUGGAAAAGGAUAUGAGGAUUAAAGUCGGUGAUUUCGGGUUAUCGAGGUUGUUGAUUCUGCAAGAAACGAGUCAAACGACGUCGUCUGGAGGGUACGUUUGGACCGGUCCUCAAGGUACACCGGGGUAUUUAGAUCCGGAUUAUCACCGGUCGUUCCGGUUGACGGAAAAGAGUGACGUGUACAGUUUUGGUGUUGUGUUGCUUGAACUGAUUUCGGGGCUUAAAGCUGUGGAUUAUUGUAGGGAUAAACGUGAGAUGGCGCUUGCCGAUAUGGUUGUUUCGAGGAUUCAUACGGGUCAGUUGAGGGAAGUACUUGACCCGGUUCUUGAUUUGGGGAAUGACGGUGAGGCGCUGGACGCGGUGGCGGCUGUGGCGGAGUUGGCGUUCCGGUGUGUUGCGUCGGAUAAAGAUGAUAGACCCGAUUCGAGGGAGGUUGUUGGGGAGUUGAAACGAGUGAGGUUACGGAGGCUAGUGAAUGAUGACGUGGCAAAAGAGUGAGGCGGACCCACCAUUGUGUGCACGUGGGUGGUAAUGUGUAUUGUUACGUAACGUUAAGGGGAAAGUGUCAGUGACGCCGUAGCGGAAGCUGUAGGUUAUUUUAAAUUUGAAAAUUUAGGAGGAGCCUACCGGAAUUGACUCAGAUGAAAGAGGCCAUAUUCUAGGUUUUUGUUUGAUGGUUCAGAUAUCUAUAUCAUAAUUGUAUAGUAGUACUGUUUAACUAUUAACUGAAAUACAUUUUCAAAUUUGAAUUGUUUCUUCUGUCUCUAUAUAGUAUAUAUUAACUUUAUUAUAAAAUAAUUUUAA